ACUGGAAAGGCAUACUGCUAUAAUGGUGUAAUGGAAUUCUAUGCGGAUGGUGAACGAUAUACACAUCAAUAUGAUGACAUCAAGUAUAAGCCGUCAACAAUCAACAUACCAAGCAGUACAAAACUGGUAGCCAUCAGGUGUAAGAAUCAGGAAGGGGUGCGUGGCCUUAACGUUGGCUUGAGUAACGGUGUUAGAACUGAUACAACCUGGAAAUGUUCAGUAGAAGAGGAAGGCGGUUGGAACACUGUCGGUUUUAACGACAGUGCCUGGAAUAACCCAAAACUUCUACUGGUUUCAAAUGGUGAUUGGAUUGGGACGAAUGAGAAUCCACGACAUAGGGGCACCAUCUACUGUAGAAAGUCUAUAUUAUUUGGAACAAGUACAUCAACCACCACAGUAGUGGAGCCCAGUUCCCAAACCACCACAGUAGUGGAGCCAAGUUUCCCAACCACCACAGUCGUGGAGCCAAGUUUCCCAACCACCAAAGUAGUAGAACUAAGUACUGCAACCACCACAGUAGUGGAGUCAUGUUCCCCAACCACCACAGUAGCAGAUCCAUCUGUCACAACCACCAAAGUAGUAGAGCCGGGUUCCCCAACCACCACAGUAGUAGAGCCAUCUUUCACAAUCACCACAGUAGUGGAGCCAUGUCCCCCAACCACCACAGUACUAGAGCCAUCUUUCACAACCACCACAGUAGUGGAGCCAUGUCUCCCAACCACCACAGUAGUAGAGCCAUCUUUCACAACCACCACUGUAGUGGAGCCAUGUCUCCCAACCACGACAGUAAUAGAGCCAUGUCCCCCAGCGACUACAGUAGUAGAGCCAUGUCCCCCAACCACCACUUUAGUGAUGCCAUGUACACAGACCGCUGAAUUUGAUCUUCAACCUUCAUCAACAGGAAUGGCUGUGUUGGGAUCUGACGGAGUUUUGAGAUCGCAUGUAUGUCGAGACGUUGUGGUGGUGACAUCUGAAUCAGCAAUGACGGACGAAGCAGUCUCCAGCAUCUACAAGGAAUUAACCCUCGACAAAAGUAAAAUGUCCUCCGUUAUUCGAAAGAAAGUCAGUCAGAAAGAUGAGAGACCCAGUUCAGCCACUAUUGGCUAUUUUGGGCUGAUCUUCGCUGUCUUGCCAUUCACCCUUAUAAUCAUAUCUGAUAUUCCCAAAUUGAUUAAACAUUUGAAAAGAAUCAUGCGUUCACACUAGACAAAGUCUUUUUCGGGGACAAUAACUUGAAAGGUCUCGAGUGUUUUGUGACUUUUAGAGUGUCUCCAUUGACACCGUGUUCUUAAUUUCGUAAUAGUCCGAUUUAAAAUGAUUUAAAUUAAUGUCUACCGCGCCUUGUUUAUCUAUCAAUAUAAAUUAUUGUAUCUAGUAUUUAAUACGUGUUAUAACUGUUUCUUAUUGUAUCUAGUAUCUACCACAUGCUAUAAAUUGUUCUUAUUGCAUUGUAUCUAGUAUUCACCACUUGUUAUAAUUGUUCUUAUCGCAUUGUAUCUAGUA